AACUGGAGUAAUUGCUCCAACUUCCGUUACAUGAAGGUUGUAACUGAACGUUUGUGGAGUGCGGUUUAAUUUUCUUGCGCGAAAUCAAAAAUGAGUUUGCUGAAGAUUUUACGGCCUCAGUAUUUGCUGUCUAAACGCUACGGAGUUCUAAACAUGGUCAGCAGAGCCCAACAACAUGUACGGCAUCGAUCGAGAUUACCAAUGAACACAAUGUUAUUAUUUGUCCCACAACAAGAAGCAUGGAUUAUUGAAAGAUUUGGCAAAUACCAUAAAAUCUUAGAACCAGGCCUUAACUUUGUUUUACCUGUUAUUGACACCAUUAAAUACGUCCAAAGUUUGAAAGAAAUUGCCAUUGAUAUUCCCCAACAAAGUGCUAUUUCUAUUGAUAAUGUUACCUUACAAAUUGAUGGUGUACUUUACCUCAGAGUGAUUGAUGCAUACAAAGCCAGCUAUGGUGUUGAAGAUGCUGAGUAUGCUAUCACACAGCUUGCUCAAACAACAAUGAGAUCUGAAAUAGGCAAAAUCAAUCUUGAUACUGUAUUUAGAGAACGAGAACUGUUAAAUUAUGCAAUCGUAGAAGCUAUCAAUAAAGCAGCCGAGGCAUGGGGUAUUGACUGCUUGAGAUACGAAAUCAGGGACAUGAAACUACCAGCACGUAUUCAAGAAGCUAUGCAAAUGCAAGUGGAAGCCGAACGGAAAAAACGAGCAGCCAUUUUGGAAUCAGAAGGAAUCCGUGAAGCUGAUAUUAAUGUAGCUGAAGGUAACAAACAAUCUAUCAUUUUGGCAUCAGAAGCUAACAAACUAGAACGGAUAAAUCAAGCUGCUGGUGAAGCUGAAGCAAUUGUGAAACGAGCCAAAGCAAAGUCUGAAUCUAUUCUUUUAAUAUCAAAUGCCAUUUCAGAGAAUCAUGGUUCUGAUGCAGUAUCUAUGAAAAUAGCUGAAGAAUAUGUCGAAGCUUUCUCUCAACUUGCAAAGACUAGCAAUACUGUUGUGGUCCCAGCAAAUACUAAUGAUGUCUCUGGCAUGGUGACACAGGCUCUCAGUAUAUACAAAGGCUUGGGGAUUAAUUCAAAAGCACCAGAACCUUCUAAAGAAUCAAGUGAAAUUCCUACACGGUUUAACAAAACUGGCUCUUUCAGUCCUCCUUGAAGUUGAUGUGAGUCUAGAUUACGGCUCCCAGAGGAUAUACAUCUUUUAGUGUCUUUAGUGUCAUUCCUGGACAAAAUAAAAUCAUUACAUCGAGAGGACUUUUUCCACAUUGUUAAUGUUUGCCUGACACAAACAUCUAUUACUUUCAGAGGAUUAUGGAUUCCAAACACAAUUUGCUUUACAAGAUUUAUAACUUGAAUUUUUCAUUUGUUUGUACAUUUGUCUAUGACGAAACACUUCUUUCUGUAGUAUGGUGAAUUGUUAAAAAGUUACUUGAAUAUUCAUUGGUAAAAAGAAAAUUUAAAAAAA